UCGGUAGCUCGACAAGUGACUCAAUAGUCGAUACUCAAUCGAAUUAUCGAAUGUUGAUGUUGGCAUCUGGCAAGUUGGUAUUUUGGAUUUUGGCAUUUGGCAAUGUGUGAUUAAAUUUGUGGUUAGGUAUUUUAACAGAUUUGCUGUUGUCGUUUCCGAUUAUCAUUUGACUGAAAGAUUUGAGAAUGUACGGGUUUAAAAUUCCCAAUACGAAUAUUUGUGUUGAUUAUUGGGACGAUGAAGAGGAGCCUCAAGUCAGGUUCCUGACUCAUGUUCACGACAAUCGAUUGCAAAACAUCUCAAAUGUUAAAGACACAAUAUACAUGACGGCGUUUAGUCUUUGGUUUUUGAAGUACAUUCGCAAGGAAGAUUUGGAGGGAGAAGUAGUUUGCUUAUCGUUGAAUAAAAACCAUAGGCUUGAAGGAGCCUGUAAUGGAGAUAUCACACCUUUCUACGUGACUCUAAUCGACUCCAAUCAUUGUCCGGGCUCAGUCAUGUAUUUAUUCGAAGGUAAAUUAAUUCAGUGCUCCAUUAUUAAUUUGUUAUCAAUUAUCCCAAAGAUAUAA